AUGGCAGGUAUCCAUGGCUUCGUUGGCUUUGCAGUUGACGAGGAGGUGCCCUCCAUACUUGGGAAGAGACAGAACGGAUGCGUACAAUGUUUAGACGCGAAGCCAACUUGCCCGACAUGUGCCGAAGACGAAAGCUGUACCGUCACCAUCCCCAUGGUGGAGAACUGCCAAGAAUGCCCCCAGGCCAUCUGUGUGAAGGAUAGCAGCAAGACGACGACAAGCACGACGAAGAGCAGCGGGCCCAAUGUUGGAGCGAUUGCCGGUGGUGUGAUAGGAGGUCUCGUGGCCAUGGCCCUUCUGACGUACCUGGUCUGGAGGUUCUGCAUCAAGAACAAGAGGCAAAAGUACGAGCAAGAGAAUUGGCAAGAGGGCAUGGAACACACCAAGGAGGGCAGGGAGAACGACUACGCUUCGAGACGUUCGCAGCGGCAAUCGACACAUACGGUCCACUCGGUUGCCUCGACAGUGCUCACUCGCGCCUCCAAUAUUAUCCAAAUAGCAUACAUCCCCGGCGUCACCAAUCGAGCGACACCAACUUCCCCGACUCUGCUGGUCCCGCCUGUCCCGCCGAUCCCUCUUGCGCACUCCGACAGCGCCACUUCCUCGCCAUACGAGGAGCAGCACUUCUUCGUCCCAGGCGAUCUGCGCGACUCUACCUACUCUGGCAUCUCCAGCUACACCGACCGUACCUCAUUCGCCCGCACAUCGUAUGCUCCCCGAUCCAGCGUCGCUUCCACCAUCUACGGCAAGAACGCCGUCGUGUCUCCGCUUCCGGCCCAGAGGGGCAACUUCUUGAAGCCGUCUAUUGUCAGCGUCAAGUCGCGCGCCCCCAGCAGCGACAGCGGCUCAACCACGCCACCAGUGCCAUCUGUCGACUAUGACAAGUACGAUAAGCCACCGCCAUCCCCGGCCUUCAGUAUCGGUGCUACUUUCUUCAAGAACGCGAGCGCGUCGACCGCGACCGCAGCACGGCCGCAAAUGGUCCGUGUUGGCAGCGGACCCAAGACGGUUGACGUGAAAUCGGCUUCAUCCAAGUCUUCGUCACCUACAAUGGUUGGAAGUUCGGACAACACCCCUGAGCCGGUUUUGCAGGUGCAAGAUUCGGGUGCAGUUCCCAUCAUCAACAACACACCGACGAUGGACCAGGGCCCGUUUUCGGACCCGCCGGCCAAAAUGAAGGGCCAUCACAAGAAUAAUAGCUCACUCAGCACCUCAGUGGAGGAGUCGGGCAGGCGUCCCGCGGGUUCUGACGACGGCAAUCAUAGGCGGCUAUCCUCAAGAUCAGCCGCCAGCGGGACUCGCAGUCCGUUCGGCGACGAACACGCCAUGCGGGAUUGA